AUGAGUCCGGAGGGCGACACCCCCAGCCCUCCCGCUCGCCCGCCCCCUCCCUCCUUAUGAGAGAGAGAGGGAGCGCGGCGCCGGAGCCACACUGCGCCGAGCCCGCGCCCCGCCGCCACCUCGGCCCGGGAGCCGGGGAGCGAGCCCUGCGUGUCCGCGUGGGGCGCCCGAGCCGCGGGGCCUCCGGGCACGAUGCAGAGAGCCGGAGGCGGGGGCGCCCCCGGGGGCAGCGGCGGCGGCGGCGGCGGCGGCGGUGGGGGCCCGGGCACUGCCUUCUCCAUCGACUCCCUGAUCGGGCCGCCGCCGCCGCGCUCCGGCCACUUGCUCUACACCGGCUACCCCAUGUUCAUGCCCUACCGGCCCCUCGUGCUGCCGCAGGCGCUGGCCCCCGCGCCACUGCCCGCCGGCCUCCCGCCUCUCGCCCCGCUAGCCUCCUUUGCCGGCCGCCUGACCAACACCUUCUGCGCGGGGCUGGGCCAGGCCGUGCCCUCGAUGGUGGCGCUGACCACCGCGCUGCCCAGCUUCGCGGAGCCGCCCGACGCCUUCUACGGGCCCCCGGAGCUCGCUGCCGCUGCCGCCGCCGCCGCCGCCACUGCCACCGCCACCCGAAACAACCCCGAGCCGGGCGGCCGACGCCCGGAGGGCGGGCUGGAAGCCGAAGAGCUGCUGCCCGCCCGGGAGAAAGUGGCAGACCCCGCACCGCCCCCGCCUCUGCACUUCUCAGAGACUUUCCCAAGUCUGCCGGCAGAGGGGAAGGUGUACAGCUCAGAUGAGGAGAAGCUCGAGCCGCCGGCGGGAGACCCAGCAGGCAGCGAGCAGGAGGAAGAGGGCUCGGGCGGUGACAGCGAGGACGACAGCUUCCUGGACAGUUCUGCAGGGGGCCCCAGGGCCCUCCUGGGACCCAAACUGAAGCUAACGGGAAGCCUGGGGACUGGAGCUGAGAAGGGGGCACCGGCGGCGGCGGCGGUGGCGGCGGGAGUCACGGCUCCUGGGGGCAAAAGCCGGCGGCGCCGCACAGCCUUUACCAGCGAGCAGCUUUUGGAGCUGGAGAAGGAGUUUCAUUGCAAGAAAUACCUGAGCUUGACCGAGCGCUCCCAGAUCGCCCACGCCCUCAAGCUCAGUGAGGUGCAGGUCAAGAUCUGGUUUCAGAAUCGGCGGGCCAAGUGGAAGCGCAUCAAAGCUGGCAAUGUGAGCAGCCGUUCUGGGGAGCCUGUAAGAAACCCCAAGAUUGUCGUGCCCAUACCCGUGCACGUCAACAGGUUCGCUGUGCGGAGCCAGCACCAACAGAUAGAGCAGGGCGCCCGGCCCUGA